UCCUAGUAUAUAUGAGGGCAAUUGCAAACACAGCGAGCUCAGAGGAAGAGAAAGCUUAGUAUACUAAAAGUAAGUAGAAUGGACAACCAUCGACCGCUGUUGGAGAAUCCUAAGACUUCUCCCUUCAGAACUCUAUGCUUAAUUCUCUCCCUAGCUGCCAUCAUAAGCUCAUCUGCACUUGUUGCUACCCAUCUACUUCAAGCCAACUUCUCCGAUCCUCACCUACAACACCACAUCUGUGAUCAAGCCCACAACCCAGCCUCAUGCUUAGCCAUGGUCACAGAAGUGGUGGGGGACACGAACAAUAUCGUGCAAAUGAACCAUGUCCAUCUACUGCAAGUGUUCUUAAAAAGAUCAGCCUACGAAAUACAAAAAGUCAAGGGGAGAGCCCAAGAUGUCAAGCAUAGGAUUAACGAUCCUAAAGAACAACUGGCUUUACUUGAUUGUGUGCAACUAAUGGAAUUGUCCAGGGACAGGAUCUUUGAUUCCAUAGCGGCUCUUGAAAAUAUGACCGGCCGUUCCUGUGAAGAUGCCCAUGCAUGGCUAAGCAGUGUUCUUACCAACCAUGUCACAUGCUGGGAUGGCUUAGAGGGAAUAGCCCGGGCCUCGAUGGAGCCAGGGGUCAAGGACUUGAUAUCGAGGGCCAGAAACUUCCUAGCCAUGCUUCUCGCGGUUUCAUCCUUGAAAACCGAAGUGACUAAGCCACUAAACGGGGGAUUCCCCUCAUGGGUCACGAAUAGGGAUCGGAAGCUUUUACAAGCUUUGCCAAAGGAAAUCAAGGCCAACGUUGUGGUGGCUAAGGAUGGGAGUGGGAAGUACAGAACUGUGAAAGAAGCUGUGGCAUCGGCACCCAAUAAAAGCAAAAUUAGGUACGUCAUUUAUGUGAAGAAGGGCACCUAUAAAGAAAAUGUUGAGGUUGGGAAGAACAAACAGAACGUGAUGAUCGUUGGUGAUGGCAUGAGCUCAACGAUUAUCACUGGCAGUUUGAAUGUUAUCGAUGGAUCGACUACUUUCAAGUCUGCAACUGUCGCUGCUGUUGGUGAUGGAUUCAUCGCCCAAGACAUCUGGUUCCAAAACACGGCCGGGCCACAGAAGCACCAAGCGGUGGCACUUCGUGUUGGAGCCGACCAAUCCAUCAUAAACCGCUGCCGCAUUGACGCCUAUCAGGACACACUCUACGCCCACUCCAACAGGCAAUUCUACCGAGACUCCUACAUCACAGGAACCGUGGAUUUCAUCUUCGGCAAUGCGGCUGUCGUGUUCCAAAACUGCAAAAUAGUAGCCCGAAAGCCCAUGAGUGGACAGGCCAACAUGGUAACAGCCCAAGGUCGAACUGACCCAAACCAAGCCACCGGGACUUCAAUCCAAAAGUGUGACAUAAUAGCAAGCUCUGAUCUGGAGCCCGUGAAGGGCUCGGUCCGAUCAUACUUGGGUCGACCGUGGAAGGAAUAUUCAAGAACAGUGGUCAUGCAGUCGUACAUAGGUAACCAUAUUGAUCCGGCAGGGUGGUCGGUGUGGAGUAAAGAUUUUGCAUUAAAGACACUGUAUUACGGAGAGUAUACUAAUAGGGGACCAGGAGCUGGUACUAGCAAGAGAGUGAACUGGCCUGGCUACCAUCUCAUUACUAGAGCAGAGGAAGCCAAAAAAUUCACCGUUGCUGAGCUGAUACAGGGAGGGAAUUGGUUGAAGUCCUCUGGAGUUGCUUAUUCUGAAGGGUUGUGAUGUGAAUUAUUAUAUGUACCAUCAAGAUGAUCACCUCAAGUUCGAAUAAGAACUUCAAGGAGUUUCUUUCCAUAGCUGAAGCUUGUGGUGUUUUGCUUAGGCAGCUUCUUUCUAUCUUUUAUUAUGUUAAUGGGUGAAAUGUUGUGUA